AUGCGUGAAUGUUCGAACGGCCCCCGGCUGGCCAUGCCCGGCUCGUUCGAGAUGGAGUGCGGCAACCGCUGGAAGCAGCUGUACGAGAUGGAGAAGCAGCGCCGCGAGCAAUUGGAGCAGGAGAUCAAGAUGGAGAUGGACAAGCUGCGCGACCAGAUGGAGUUCGCGCGCCGCGAGCACGAGACGGAGAUGCUACGCGAGCAGCUGCGGCGCCACGAGAUGGAGCAGGAGCGCUCCAAGGGCGACUGGGACGCGCGUCAGCAGCAACGUGAGGAGGAGCGCCGUCGCCUCGGGAAGGAAAUGCAGCGCGACCAGGAUACCAUGCAGUCGCGUAUGCGCCAGUCGGAGGAGGAUUUGAAGCGACGCCAGAACCAACUGAAGGAGAACCAACUGUUCAUGCAGGCCAACGAGCUGAGCAGUCUGCUCGACCAGCAGGAGCAGGCGAUCUGCGAUGACGGCAGCGCGGCGCCGCCGGCCGUGCCGGAUACCGGCUACGGUGAUGUCUGGGGCGGUCAAGACGCCGGCUUCAGCCCGCACGGCGUGCCACCUCCGGGCAUGGGCGGUCACGGGGGUCGUGGUGGACGCGGCGCGGCACAGGUGGCCGGCAUGGACAUGGGUGUGGACUCGCGACCCAAGUCGCGGAUGCGACGCCCCUAG